AUGUCCAAAUUGGACAGAUUUUUUAUUGCAGCAAAUUGGGCAGAAGUCUUCCCUCUUGUUUCAGUAAAAUCCUUGGUGCGGUUGUCUUUUGACCAUCUUCCUAUGCUUCUUAAUACGAGACGUCUUAAAGGAAGCCUUAAGCCUUCCAUAUUCAAAUUAAACUGGUUGGAGAAUCAAGAGGUGGUUGAACUUAUUAGGAGAACUUGGUCUAGCACUAUGAUUUUUGGGUCCCUGGACUAUCAAAUCUAUAAAAAGCUACUAAAUAUAAAGCAUAAACUGUUAGAAUGGAAGAAGGAGAACCAUAUGGAUUUCAGAGCCAAGAUAGAUGGAAUUCUAGCAGAGAUUGAGAUGAUGGACCUUAACGUUCAAGAGAGCGGUGUUCUAACUGAUCAGUUGGUUUGGGAGCAUAGUCUUAAAGUCAAAGAGCUGGAGGAAGCAUGGAGAGCUGAGGACUUAGAUUGGACACAAAGAUCAAGCAAUAAAUGGCUGAAAGAAUGUGACCAUAAUACGAAAUUGUUCCAUGCAAUUACUAGUAUCAGAAGAAGACAAAAUGAUAUUUCAGGUCUUUCUAUACCUAGAAUUGAUCCUGAUGAUAGUGAGGCCAUGGGAGUUGGUGUUAUUUAG